UCCGCCCUCACUAAUGUCGGUCGCGCCGCGAAUCAUGGUUCUUGUGAUCCCAGUGUUGUGUUUUUUGUUGUCUGUGGCCGGAGCGGAGGAGGCGACAGAUGAGCUGUACUACUCCAUGCCCCGGAUGUAUGAGCUGGACGACUACGAGUCGUGCCUCGCGAUACGGGGAGCCUUCUGCCUCGGCUCUUUCCACCUCACCUCGAAGAGAUACAACCGCCUACUGGACUAUAUACAGACAUUCUCGGAGGACAAGAAUCAUUUCAACCACACAUACAUCCAACGUGGCUACUGUGUGACCACAACAUGCGCACAUAUCGACGGGGACUCACCGGCGCACGUCUUCCAAGAAUGUGUGCACAACCUCACAAAGACGAACUACGGCAUCGAUGCUGAACUUAUGGAGCUGGAGUACUGCAGAACGGAGGAGACGGUGACCGGAACUCCUGUGGACAUCCCAGAUAUAAUAUUCGCCAGUUUGGUGGGGUUGAUCGUGUUGGGGAAUUUGGUUGGAACUGCUUAUGAUCUCUUCAGAAAUAAGGACAAUAAACCUAACCGCUACCUAAUGACGUGGUCCGCCCGAGUCAACUGGGGAAGGCUCACGGCUAAUUAUGAGAAGGAGGACCCUCGGCUUUGUGCCCUUGAUCCAGUCAACGGCAUGAAAGCAAUGACGCUGAUCGCCGUAAUCAUAGCGCACUCCUCGAUAUCACAUUACAUGACCUUCGUGCACAACCCGGCCUUUUUGGAAACGGUACACCAGCACCCACUAUCAGCUAUUCUGGCCAACGGCACAGCUGUGGUGCAGACAUUCAUCAUCUUGUCCAGCUUCCUCGUAGCAUACAACGUGAUGCUGUCCCUGGAAGCCGACCCUGACAAGAAAAUGGGAAUUGCUUUCUGGUGUAAGGCGAUUCUCCAUCGAGUUAUUAGAAUAACACCUUUGUCGAUGUUCGUGGUCGGUUUGACGGCGACGUGGUGGCGGCACAUGAGUGACGGUCCUCUCUGGUCUACUCUGGUGGAGGCGGAGAGUGCACGCUGCAGGACCAAGUGGUGGACUCAUGCACUCUACGUCAACAACUUGGUCAUGCCUGACGAGAGAUGUCUCAUACAGACCUGGUUCCUGGCAGUGGACAUGCAAGCCUACGUAAUCACGUCUGCGCUGCUAAUCAUGCUAAUACGUCGGCCUUACACAGCAAUCAAAGUGUUAUCCGGACUCUUCAUAGUGUCGGUGUUGGCAAACUUCGCGAUAGCCUACCACUGGGACCUGUCUAUACUGUUCCUUGGGAAACCUGAAUCGAUUCGCUGGCAGUACAUAGACGAGCCGUCCUUUAAUUGGCUGUACGCAGCUCCUUGGAGCAGUGCACCCGCAGGUAUCCUGGGCCUACUACUGGCCUUCGUCUACUACCUGAUGAGAAAGAACGAGUAUGACCUACACAAGAGCACUUGUUUCCGAAUAAUCUAUCGUAUGACGGUGCCGGGUAUGUUCUUAUGGAUCAUGGGAGGGUUUCUGCUGAAAAACUGCGAGUCCAAGUUCCUGGUCACUCUGUUCACAACCCUGGAGCGACCUGUGUUCAGCGUACUCGUCUCCACCGCGAUGAUUGGAUUCUUCUAUAGGCUUGACCGUAUUUGGUGGCGGAUACUCUCGUGGCGCGCCUGGCAAAUCCUUGGCAGGAUGUCUCUGUCGGUGCUGCUCAUACACUGGACCUACAACCUCUCACUGCUAGCGGUCAAGACCAACCUUGCGAGAACGUCCUUCUUUGAAAUUGGAGGACACUCUUUAGUAUCCAUAUUCAUGACGUAUGUGACGUCGUUUCCGCUGUACGUUUUCGUCGAGCUGCCAACACAAAAGUUUUUACAAACCGUAUUUAUGUGAUACAUUGUAUUCUAAAAUCUUAAGUAAGUGGCUCAAAGGGGCUAGAACUCAAAACUGUAAAACGGUGUACGGGUAAUAGAGUGGUGGAAACCAAAGGCCUUCGCGCAUUCGUUGACUCAACACCGUUUCAACCCCUUUUUAUCACGCUGGUAGGUAUAUGCAUUUACCCUUUCGGAAAUUAGUGAAUAAAGUUCAUUUCUGGAAGGGUAUGUGGAACUCGAAUCAUUGGUCUAGUGGUUAGCGUGUUUAACUACGGACCCCGAGGACCAAGGUUCGAGUUAAAGAAUUUUAAGUCCCAGCCCGGAGUCAGGGAAUUGUCGGUGUCAACCCCCGUGUCUCGGAGAGCACGCGAAGCUGUUGAACCUGGUUCUUAAUAACUAUCUUAUGAAAAUAGUCGCUAUAGCCCACCAACCCACAUUGGAGUAGCGUCGUGGGUCUCCACUCUUAAACCGUCGCGUGUCCAGCUCGCAGCAAUGAGACGUAAAUAGGCUGCAGAUGAUGAUAACGAUGAUGAGGAGCCGAAGAUCUGUUUGGUGUGGAGUAG